ACGCGUCAAGUGCCGUCCAACAUUACUUAUCUCGUGACUUCCACCAACUCCUAGUGCUCGGAACUUUCUUAUCUGUUUCCUUUCUACGGAUGCUGUUAGAUUUAAGUAUCUGCAUCUAGUCGUCGCAUUUUUUAAAUGCUUCAAAUACUUCUUUGGACGAGACCCAGUGAAUGCAUGUAGAAAUGUAUCGGAAGAAGAAUUGUUACGCGAUCGCACUAAAAGUAAACAAAAGUUUGUGAAUAUUUCGCGUUCAUCGUCUUCGUAGAGGUUUUGCCUGUAGUUGAUUUUAUGAGAAAAAUUUUUAUUGAAUGGAUUUUACAAGAAAAAGUGUUUUUAGUGCGGGAGGGUAUUUGGAAAAUGCCUGCAGAUAUGGUGUCGUUUGCCGUUUCAACAGGGCUAGGAGUUAGUGUUGUCGCUGGGAUUAUAUCUGGAGUAUGCUAUGUUUUGGCUUAUGGGUCCCAAAGGAAAAGUAGUCGUAAGAGUAAAAGUAACCUGCAUUGCGACGUCUGUGGAGAGUAUUUUCGGUCUAUAGAUCACAUAUUAGGAGGUGAUUGCAGCGUAUCAUGCUCAAAAUGUCAAAAGAAUGUCUGUCAAAAACGUUGUGCCAAUUUCGACGAACAACAAAAUGUUUGGACCUGUAAAAACUGUCUUCGACCACCAGAGUCCUGGUUUCAAGGAAUAUUAUAUGCAAUUCAACCCAACAAAAAGGACUUUUCUAUGGAUUCUAAUAAUGUUAUGGAAUCUAGUCAACUAAAAAAUAAGGAUCAUGUUCAAAAAAGUAAAGAACAAGUUCAAGAUUUUAUCGAAAAAUUAGUUAACUCUAUGUUAGGACAAAACAUUGAUGAUGCUAACAUAACCAAAAUGUACAACGAUGAACAUUAUCUUCCUUUAACCGGCCAACAAUCACCAUGUACAGCACAUGCAGCAUUAAAGCAGCUCAUAGAAAAACUUCUCCAGGAAGUAGCAAAUUUACCACAAUUACAGCGACCUCAACAGGGGACAGCAAUACCACCAGAUCUGAAUAAUAGAACAUACGAGGACUUACUUGCUACGGCCAUAUUAAAUAAGGUUAUAUCAAAUUCCCAAAAUGCUCGUCCGUCAUCUUCAGCUGCAAGCGUUUCUAGUAGAAUAUCAAACUCCUCCCACAUUAAAGAGGAUAAAGGAUUCUUCUUCGGAGAAGAAACGUUGGACAGCAAAUGGAGGCAUCCAGAUGUAGAAACAACGUCAGUUUCAAGCAUAGAAGAUUGGCUACAUACUGAUUCCAGUUUCGGAUCACGAAAAUACGUUGACAGAGUUACUCUUACGAUAAAACAAGAUAUCGAAGAAGUAUCUCACGCCAGCGAUUCAGAUCAUGAAGGCAACGAAGACGAUGACAAUGAGUACUUCCGUAGCAAAUCGUCAUUUUGGAGCGAUGAUGAGCCCAACUGGUUUUUACAGAAGCGAACUUUUCAAGGAACGCAUUCACCGGUACCGGUACCAAUGUUGGUGCCGAAUCCAACAAUAGAAGCAAAGGUACUAAUAGGUGAUAAAGAAGUAGACGAUACCUCAGACUUAUCAGACGUAGAAUCGGAAUACGGAGAUACAGAAAUAGUCCCAGCACGACACAGCCUACUUGUCAAUUCCAAAACACUUAUAGGAGGAAAAAACCCAUUGCAAAAUGGAGUCGGAGAUGUGGAAUCCGAAAGUGAAUCUUCUGCUGAUUCGGGUGUAAAAGAAGUCGAUAGAGGCCAGUCUGUAUACGAUGAAUCCGAAUUUACGGAUAGAGCAGAAGGCGGCAGUCAAAAUGAAGAUGAACAUCAUACGUCUUUUGUGUCUAAAGCAGAUAUUACAAUAGAUGACGAUAACGUAGAAGAUGCAUCACUGAUGUCAGUAUACAGCAACACAGAACAGGAAGCAGAAUACACAGAGAGAUAUGCAUCACUACCAAGAAAAAUAGAAAAAAUACCAGAUCCUGACCCAAGGUCUUCAGAAAAAAUUAGAAACGAUUACACGAACUACGAAACAGUAAAUAAAGUGGAAGAUGACGAUAAGGAAGCUGAAGAAGUGAGACUGGUACAAAAGCAUUUUUCAGGUAGUUACAGUAAACGGGAGAAAGAAAAAUGGAAAAAUGCCGUAGAAAUGAAAAAUAAUCCCUAUUCUAAAGAAAAUAUAGAAAAAAGGAUAAAACGAUCUAAUAGUGGAGUAGACUCGAUAUUUGGGCCUGAUUACUAUGCCAAAAUGGCGUCCUCUCCAUCAGGAACCAAAGGAAAGGUAAAAGAACUUGUAUGGCCACCUAUUGGGAGUGAAGAAUCGGAAGAUACUGUUGAUUUCAUUGAAAAAGACGAAAUUCAACAGGUACCACCAAAACACAUUUCAACAACGUACAUAGCAGCAGAAGAAACCAAAGACAAUUUUAAAGCAUUUCCGGUUAUAGUAGAACCCGUAGAAGCAUCUUUAUCGUCACAGACAAGUUUACCUCCAAAAUCACCUCUGCACGGAUCAGAGAUGACAAGUUUGACAAGCGAUAGUGAUUUGAGUUACGUACACGUUUAUGAUGUGGAAAAUGCUGUAAUAACCAAAAAAACAAGAGACCAACCGGUCAAUUCAGAACCUGAGAAGAAUAACCGAUUUGUAAAAGGUACAACCACUACGACUAGAAGGUUUGUUAACAAUCCACCCCUUAAAAAAUAUAAAAGUGAAACAGAUUUGCUCGAAGAUUCAUUUUAUACUCCACCUAAAGUGCUGGCGAGGAAAAAAGACAACACAUUAAUUUCAAAAAUUUAUUUGGACCCUCAUGUUAGAAGUUUUGCUUUAAGUAAUAGGGAACACUUACCUGUAAAUAAUACGAUACCAACUUUUAGAACCCAGUUGAGUUCUCCAGAGAUGGUCCUGGAUUACAAAGCUUACCAUUCGGACGAUGGACUAAGCUUAAGGCACAGCAAAAGGUACUUCAGUUCACAGGAAGAUUUACUCAGCUCAAAUUCUAUUGAAGUUCACAAUGGAACAAUGACUCACACAGCAAAAAUGUCAUUUAGCUCAGAAGAUGAACAAUUUUUAGAAAAGAAUCCAGUUUUUAGCACAGCUCCAGCAAAUAGACGGAUAUACAGUUCGAGCGAGGAUUUACUUUCUACUGAUGAGACUGAUUAUUCAAAGAAAAAGGACAACACACUCAUAUCAAAAAUUUAUCAACAACCUCAUGUUCGGCAAUAUGCUCUGGCUGCUAGACCAACUAUCCCAGUAAAAGAAGAAAAACGGAUCGAAAAAUCCAUUAGUUCGGAAGAUGAAGUGCUUAUAGAGAUCACAAAAGCACCCAAAGUUAGUUCUCCGAAAGUUUGGCCAGACGUUGAAACGCAGUUCGAAACGAUGAAUAUUAAAGAAAAGGAACCUGUUACAAACGAACACGAUAAUGAAAAUGAUCCAGGUGUUGAAGAAAUAGCUAGAAAAAAAAUUGUGCACAACUUUCUCCAAAAAUAUUCUACUUCAAGUACAAACCUGAAAAUAACAGAUAGUAAGGAAGAUAUAAAUAACGAAGAGGAUAUUACUAUUUCUGUGAAAGAUUUAAGAAAGAGGUUCGAAAAAAAUCAGAAAAAGGACAACACACUCAUAUCAAAAAUUUAUCAACAACCUCAUGUUCGGCAAUAUGCUCUGGCUGCUAGACCAACUAUCCCAGUAAAAGAAGAAAAACGGAUCGAAAAAUCCAUUAGUUCGGAAGAUGAAGUGCUUAUAGAGAUCACAAAAGCACCCAAAGUUAGUUCUCCGAAAGUUUGGCCAGACGUUGAAACGCAGUUCGAAACGAUGAAUAUUAAAGAAAAGGAACCUGUUACAAACGAACACGAUAAUGAAAAUGAUCCAGGUGUUGAAGAAAUAGCUAGAAAAAAAAUUGUGCACAACUUUCUCCAAAAAUAUUCUACUUCAAGUACAAACCUGAAAAUAACAGAUAGUAAGGAAGAUAUAAAUAACGAAGAGGAUAUUACUAUUUCUGUGAAAGAUUUAAGAAAGAGGUUCGAAAAAAAUCAGCCCAAAAAUAAUAUAGUAUCCAGCUUAACGGCUAGAAGUUUAUCAAAGCAAAUGAAAGAGGAAUUACGAAAUUGAACAUAGAAAUAUUCAACAAUUCGACUGUGCCACUCACCCGUUUAUCAAUAUACCAAAAAUUGAAAAAGACUUCAGCGAUAUUACUUAAAUGUUUGUUUUAUUCAAUUUUAUUUAUGUACAUAUUGUUUUAUAUUAAUAUAUUGUGUUACUUAUCUUCAUUUACAUUGUACUUACAUAAAGAAUUAAAAGUUACCAUUAAGAGAAGUGUACUCCUUCUGCGUUGAACGCAUGUAACAACCUGUAAAGAUAUAAAAAUUGUUAAUUAUUGGUAAUAUAUUUAUUUACAUAUUU